AUGGAGAUUACGAUUGAUCAUAAGCAUUUUAAAGUCAAGUUUGAAGGUUUGCAUGGUGAACUUAUUCGCAUAACGGAAUGGAAUCGGUUAGGAUAUUUCUCAUGCUUAGUGAAUAGAAGUUGUGUGAGAUGGUUGAAGGAGAUGUUUUCUAAAGCUAUAUCCAGGAAUCGACAAGAUAUUUUCUUUAGAAAGUUUAGGAGGGAUGAAUAUUGUAUGUGGAUGGAAUUGAAAAAUAGCAGGUUUGGGGAGUUUGCCAUGAUUACACAAAUGAUGAAUAAUGGUGGAAGGAAUACUAUGACACAAGAAGAAGAAAAUCAAAGUCUGAUGGUGGUAUCAAAAUGUAGAGUCAAAGAGCAAGGAAAUGGGGCAUGGGCUGAGAUGCAUAAGGAAAAUACUCCUGCAAAUGUUAACGGGGAUGAAAAUACGCUUAAAGAAGAGGUUAAAUGGAGCAAUGCAAUGCUUGCCGCGAGAGAGUGGUAUGACAAUGCUGAGUUGGAGAAGAGUUUGGAGGAUUCAUUAUAUUGUUGUGAUAUUGAUGACGUGAGAAAGAUACAGACUAAUGAGGUAUAUGGUGAUAUUGCGAGAACGUUUACCGACGAUAAGUUGAUAUCUGUUCAAGAAGAAGGUAAUAUGAUACUCCAUCACGAAUCUAAGGGUGGGAGUGUCAAUAUCCGUAUUGGUUCUGGGUCUAAUUGUGUUGCUGGGAUGACAUGGAAUAGAGUGAGAAAAUGGCAAUGUUAUAUUCAGUGA